AAAGACGAGACACUUAGACACUGAUGUCGAGAAACGAGCCGAAGGCGAUAACACAUUAAGUAGCGAGGUCAGGAGUGGAGCCGAGGCAGGCCGCCUGGCCCGGGGCCCACGCCUGUCAGCACUGAGCCAGGCCGCCUGGAGAAGCCUGGCCCCCAGGGUCCACGCCUUUCAGCAGGAAGCCAGGCCGCCUGGAGAAAGGCCUUUCUGGAGAGGACCCCGGAGUGAAGGCUGCACGACGCUCAUGUUUUGCCAGGUGUUGGAGGAGAGAGACCUGCAGCUUUGUGUGAACAUGUCGGUGCUGAUCUCGCAGAGUGUGAUCGGUUAUGUAGAAGAAGAGAACAUCCCUGCCCUGAAGGCGCUUCUGGAGAAGUGCAGGGAUGUGGACGAGAGGAACGAGUGCGGCCAGACUCCACUGAUGAUAGCUGCCGAGCAGGGCAGCCUGGAGAUCGUGAAGGAGCUGAUUAAGAAUGGAGCCAACUGCAACCUGGAGGAUUUGGAUAACUGGACAGCACUCAUAUCGGCCUCAAAGGAAGGACACGUGCACAUUGUGGAAGAGCUUCUCAAGUGCGGGGCGAACUUGGAGCACCGGGACAUGGGAGGAUGGACAGCUCUGAUGUGGGCCUGCUACAGAGGCCGCACAGAAGUGGUGGAGUUGCUGCUUUCUCAUGGGGCCAACCCCAGUGUCACUGGUCUGCAGUACAGUGUUUACCCAAUCAUUUGGGCAGCAGGGAGAGGCCAUGCAGACAUAGUGCAUCUUCUACUGCAAAAUGGUGCUAAAGUCAACUGCUCUGAUAAGUAUGGAACCACCGCCUUGGUUUGGGCUGCUCGAAAGGGUCACCUGGAAUGUGUAAAACACCUACUGGCCUCGGGCGCUGAUGUCGACCAAGAAGGAGCUAAUUCAAUGACUGCACUUAUCGUGGCUGUAAAAGGAGGCUACACACAGUCUGUAAAAGAAAUUUUGAAGCGGAAUCCCAAUGUGAAUUUGACAGAUAAGGAUGGGAACACGGCGUUGAUGAUUGCCUCAAAGGAGGGGCACACGGAGAUCGUGCAGGACCUGCUCGACGCUGGGACGUACGUGAACAUACCUGACAGGAGUGGGGAUACUGUUUUGAUCGGUGCCGUCAGAGGUGGUCAUGUGGAAAUUGUCCGAGCGCUUCUCCAAAAAUACGCUGACAUCGACAUUCGCGGGCAGGACAAUAAAACUGCUCUGUAUUGGGCUGUUGAGAAAGGAAAUGCGACCAUGGUGAGAGACAUCUUACAGUGCAAUCCUGACACGGAAAUAUGCACAAAGGAUGGUGAGACACCCCUGAUAAAAGCGACCAAGAUGAGAAACAUCGAGGUGGUGGAGCUGCUGCUGGAUAAGGGAGCUAGAGUGUCUGCCGUGGACAGGAAAGGAGACACUCCUUUGCAUAUUGCUAUUCGAGGGAGGAGUCGGAAGCUGGCAGAACUUCUUCUAAGAAAUCCCAAGGAUGGAAGGUUGCUGUAUAGGCCCAACAAAGCAGGCGAGACUCCUUACAACAUUGACUGUAGCCACCAGAAAAGUAUUCUCACUCAAAUAUUUGGAGCCAGACACCUGUCCCCCACAGAGACAGAUGGGGACAUGCUGGGCUAUGACCUGUACAGCAGUGCCCUGGCCGACAUUCUCAGCGAGCCCACCAUGCAGCCGCCCAUUUGUGUGGGGCUGUAUGCGCAGUGGGGCAGCGGCAAGUCUUUCCUCCUCAAGAAGCUGGAAGAUGAAAUGAAGACUUUUGCAGGACAGCAGAUUGAGCCUCUUUUCCAGUUCUCGUGGCUGGUCGUGUUCCUGACCCUGCUUCUCUGUGGGGGGCUGGGGCUGCUAUUGGCGUUUACGGUCGACCCAAAUCUCGGAAUAGCAGUGUCUCUGAGCUGCUUGGCUCUCUUAUACAUAUUUUUUACUGUCAUUUACUUUGGUGGACGGAGGGAAGGAGAGAGUUGGAAUUGGGCCUGGGUCCUCAGUACGAGGUUGGCAAGACACAUUGGCUAUUUGGAACUCCUCCUCAAAUUAAUGUUUGUCAAUCCGCCCGAACUGCCGGAGCAAACCACUAAAGCUUUACCUGUGAGGUUCUUGUUUACAGACUACAAUCGCCUGUCCAGCGUGGGCGGGGAGACAUCCAUGGCUGAAAUGAUCGCCACCCUCUCCGACGCCUGCGAGAGAGAGUUUGGCUUUUUGGCAACCAGGCUUUUCCGAGUGUUCAAGACUGAAGACACGCAGGGCAGAAGGAAGUGGAAGAAGACCUGCUGCCUCCCGUCUUUCGUCAUCUUCCUUUUCGUGCUUGGCUGCGCUGUUGCCGGGAUCGCCCUCCUGGCCAUAUUCAGAGUCGACCCGAAACACCUGACGGUGAACGCCGUCCUCAUAGCCAUUGCGUCUGUCGUGGGUUUGGCCUUCCUGCUGAACUGUCGCACCUGGUGGCAGGUGCUGGACUCUCUCCUGAACUCUCAAAGGAAGCGCCUCCACAGCGCUGCCUCCAGGCUGCACAAGUUGAAAAGCGAAGGAUUCAUGAAAGUUCUCAAGUGCGAGGUGGAGCUGAUGGCCAGGAUGGCCAAAACCAUUGAUAGCUUCACUCAGAACCAGACGAGGUUGGUGGUCAUCAUCGACGGGCUGGACGCCUGCGAGCAGGAUAGAGUGCUGCAGAUGCUUGACACUGUCCGAGUUCUGUUUUCCAAAGGUCCCUUCAUUGCCAUUUUUGCGAGCGAUCCGCACAUCAUCAUAAAGGCCAUUAACCAGAACCUCAACAGUGUGCUUCGAGACUCCAACAUCAACGGGCACGACUACAUGCGGAACAUUGUCCAUCUGCCUGUUUUCCUGAACAGCCGUGGGCUGAGCAAUGCAAGGAAAUACCUUGUAACCUCAACCACGAAUGGGGACAUUCCAUGCUCGGAUGCUACAGGGAUGCAGGAUGAUGCUGACCGAAGAGUGUCACAGAUCAGCCUUGGAGACAUGACCAAACUUGGCAGCAAGACCGCCCUCAACAGACGGGACACCUACCGGAGGAGGCAGAUGCAGCGGACCAUCACCCGGCAGAUGUCCUUUGACCUCACAAAGCUGCUGGUGACCGAGGACUGGUUCAGUGACAUCAGUCCCCAGACCAUGCGACGGUUGUUGAAUAUCGUCUCUGUGACAGGGCGAUUACUGAGAGCCAAUCAGAUCAGUUUCAACUGGGACAGGCUUGCCAGCUGGAUCAACCUCACGGAGCAGUGGCCAUACCGAACUUCAUGGCUCAUAUUGUAUUUGGAAGAGACUGAAGGCAUUCCAGACCAGAUGACGUUGAAAACCAUCUACGAAAGAAUAUCUAAGAAUAUUCCAACAACGAAAGACGUGGAGCCACUGCUUGAAAUUGAUGGAGAUAUAAGAAACUUUGAAGUGUUUUUAUCUUCACGGACCCCAGUUCUCGUGGCUCGAGAUGUGAAAACCUUCCUGCCGUGCACUGUAAACCUGGACCCCAAGCUGCGGGAGAUUAUUGCAGAUGUUCGUGCUGCAAGAGACCAGAUCAACAUAGGAGGACUUGCGUAUCCCCCACUUCCUUUACAUGAAGCUCCCCCGAGGCCCCCAUCCGGCUACAGCCAGGCUCCGUCUGUGUGCUCCUCUUCUACGUCCUUCAAUGGGCCCUUCGCGGGCGGGGUUGUGUCCCCCCAGCCUCACAGCAGCUACUACAGUGGCAUGACAGGGCCCCAGCACCCCUUCUACAACCGGCCAUUCUUUGCCCCAUACCUUUACUCGCCAAGGUAUUACCCUGGCGGUUCCCAACAUCUCAUCUCACGUCCACCAGUAAAAUCGAAUUUGCCCAGAGAUCAAAGCAAUGGCCUAGGGCCGGGCCCAGCCUCCGGCGCGGUGCCACUGAACUCGAUGACCGUGGACGCGGUGUGCGAGCGGCUGAAGCAGGUCGAAGGGCUGGAGCAGAGCUUGCUGCCGCAGUACUGCGCCACCAUCAAGAAGGCAAACAUCAAUGGCCGUGUGCUGGCUCAGUGCAACAUCGAGGAGCUGAAGAAAGAAAUGAAUAUGAAUUUUGGAGACUGGCAUCUUUUUAGAAGCACAGUGCUGGAAAUGAGAAACGCAGAAAACCAGGUGGUGCCUGAAGAGCCCCGAUUACUCAGUGAGAACAGCAGCGGGCCCGUCCCCCAGGGCGAGCCUGCUCGGCGGUCUUCGCACAACGAGCUGCCCCACACCGAGCUCUCCAGCCAGACUCCCUACACGCUCAACUUCAGCUUCGAGGAGCUCAACACGCUCGGCCUCGACGAGGGUGCCCCACGGCACAGCAACCUGAGCUGGCAGUCGCAAACUCGCAGAACCCCCAGUCUUUCGAGCCUCAACUCCCAGGACUCCAGCAUCGAAAUCUCCAAGCUGACUGAUAAGGUGCAGGCCGAGUACAGAGACGCCUAUAGAGAGUACAUUGCGCAGAUGUCGCAGUUAGAAGGGGGCCCGGGCUCCGCCACCAUCAGUGGCAGGUCCUCCCCGCACAGCACAUACUACAUGGGGCAGAGCUCCUCGGGGGGCUCCAUUCACUCUAACCUGGAGCCAGAGAAGGCGAAGGAGGGCGAGCCAAAGCCAGACGACGGGAGGAAGCCGUUUCUAAUGAAGAGGGGGGAUGUCAUAGACUUCUCCUCGCCCGGGGUCUCCACCAGCGAUGCCUCCCCCCUGGAUCCGAUCACCGAGGAAGACGAGAAAUCCGACCAGUCAGCCAGUAAGCUCCUCCUGGGCAGGAAGCCCUCGGAGAGGCCGAGUCUCUUCCAGACGGACCUGAAGCUCAAGGGGGGAGGCCUGCGCUACCAGAAGCUCCCCAGUGAUGAGGACGAGUCUGGGACAGAGGAGUCGGACAACACGCCCCUGCUCAGGGACAGGGACCAGAAAGGUGACGGCAAAGCAGAGCGAGCGCGGUCCCCCGAGCACAGCGCCGAGCCCAUCCGGACCUUCCUCAAAGCCAAGGAGUACCUGUCAGACGCCCUGCUCGACAAGAAGGACUCCUCCGAUUCGGGGGUGCGGUCCAGCGAGAGCUCCCCCAACCACUCGCUCCACAACGAGGCCGCUGACGACGCCCAGCUCGAGAAGGCCAACCUCAUAGAGCUCGAGGACGACGGCCACCGCGGGACUCGGGGCCUGCCGCACAGCCUGAGUGGCCUGCAGGACCCGAUUGUGGCGCGGAUGUCCAUUUGUUCCGAAGACAAGAAGAGCCCGUCUGAGUGCAGCCUGAUAGCCAGCAGCCCCGAGGAGAGCUGGCCGGCCUGCCAGAAGGCCUACAACCUCAACCGCACGCCCAGCACCGUGACCCUCAACAACAACAGCGCGCCCGCCAACAGGGCCCAUCAGAGCUUCGACGAAAGGGAGGGCACCCGGGAUACCGCCCAGGUCAUCCUGAGGCCAGCGCCCAGUGCCAGCUCCGCCGCCCUUCAGAAUGAAAACCUGAAGAGCGUGGCGCACAAGCGAAGCCAGCGUUCGAGCUACACACGGCUCUCGAAGGACUCCUCGGAGCUCCUCGCAGUGGCCUCUCCCGAUAGCACAGGCUUCGGGGAAGAGAGAGAAAGCAUCCUGUAGGAAAAUGCGCCAAGUGGGGUCGCACCACUGGAGCCCGCGAUGGAGCUGACCGAGUUUUAUGGGGAACCCACCCAUGCACGCCGCCUUCUGCGUGUCCUUCCCACUGAGUAGUGGGUGGGGGGCCUGUGGUAAGGACACGGCACACCGGAGGCGGUGUUGGAGAGGCUGGUGCUCACUCGGCCUCCACCGUCUGUAAUUAGGACCUUCGCACUCGGUAUUCUGGCCUCCAUUGGCACAUACUCCAUAAACAUUUUUGAGACAAGAUCUGAAUAUAAAGACCAGUCAGAUGUUUUAUUACAUACAAAGGGUUUAAUUUGCCGGAGAAAAAUGAACACUUCUAGACCCCUUUUGUAGAAUGUGCUCAUCAGAGAGGAGGGGAGGCUCAGUCUUAGAUGGACCAGAAGCAUUUCGCUCUCUAGGGUAUGAGAGCUGACAGGUGGUGGAGUAGCCCAGACCCCAGGUAGGCUGAGAGCCAGUGCUCCACUGUGUGAAUAGUCAGAUUGCUUAUCAAAGGGUUUCUGAUUUUAAGUAGAAAAUAUGUGAUAAAGAGGCUUUAAAAAUUGAUAAGAACGUGAGACAGUAGCUCCCAGUGGCUGGGCCAGGUGAGCUGCAGGGAGAGGCCUGCAGGGCAGGUCCUAACCUCCCCCCACCUGGACGCUCCUCUCUCCGGUUACACACCGGGCUUCAGGCGCCAUCUGCCUGCCUGAGAACUCACCUGGUCUGCUCUGUCACUUUUAAAUUGUGUGCUCUGCCUUUCUCAGUGAGUCUGGCCAUGAGAGAAAAAACCGAAUUUCUUUCUCAGGAGAAUCGGAAUAGGCUGAUUACCUGUUACAUUGGUAAUAGGCUCUAAUGAAUAUUUAUGGGCGAGAGAGUAAGGAAAUAACUACAUCAGCAAGGCCAGUGAUGGAUCAGGAGGAAGCUAACCUUUGCCUUCCGUACAGGGCAGCUGACCAGCUUCACCUUCCUGAGGCAGCCUGUUAAUUCCGGGGUCAUAGAAGGGAAGCUUUUUUAAAAAGUUUAAAAACACAGCACAGCAAGGGUAGAGAAGGUGUGGCUGGCAUGACUGCCCACUGUUGUCGGCGGAGCUAGAAUGGCCACGUUGAAGGAUUCCGUGGGCCGGGACUGAGCCCGUUGUGUGCGUUGGGAUUUCUGACUACGUAGAAUUAGUUCUGGCAGCAUGUCCUCAGUCAGAUGGGACGUUAGGUGUAAGACGUAGACGGGCGAUUAACUGACUCUAGUGUUUCAUUGUGGUGUGUUCACGUAGUGGGUUUUAUUAAUGUGCUGAGUAAAUUAUUAACUUGACCAGUCAUUGCACUAAGUAGUUGCUCUUUGGAGUGUCACUGCCGUGAUGUUUGAGUGUAAUCUAACUGUCAUAGAGCCUUCAUUUUGCGUGACCCUGACAAGUGUUUAACCAAUUAAAAAGGCAGGAUGUUAUUGACAUUAUGUAUUGAAAUGUUAAUGUUUUAGUAUUUAUGGUGUUUAUUAGCUUGUAAUGUUUUAUAAUUAGUAAUUACUUCAGAGGAAACACGUUCUUUUUCAGCUGAGUAGGUGCAGCUUAAUGUCACGAUAGAUAUUUAUACUGUUUGUGAAGUUAAUACUGUGGUGUUACGUGUACAAGAAGAUUUAGAAAAAAUAAAAAGUUGCAUGCCA